CUUACUCAGAAACAUGCAAGAAGUGUUAUAACACGUACGAAGCGUUUUGCAGUGUGGGGCAAAAAGGAAAAAGUAUUUUUUUAAGGAUCAAGAGCUCUAAUGUGCAAAGUUUUGGUCUGUCACCAGAGUUUCAGGAGGACACGCGUUCAAAAUGCCACAGCAGAAGGACAUCGUGAAGAUCGCUAUUCAGAUGCCAGGGGCGUAUCCUCAGCUCAUUCAGCUGGAUCAGAAAAAGCCUCUUACCUCAGUGAUAAAGGAAGUGUGUGACAAAUGGAAUCUACCUGGACCAGAGAACUACGCUCUUCAGUAUGCAGACGGAGCUCAUACCUACAUCACAGAGUCGAAUCGCUUGGACAUUAAGAACGGCAGCAUUCUUCGUCUGACCAAGGCUCCGAGCCGUUGUGCAGACGACCUGUUUAAGGGUGUCCAGAGUUCAGACCCGGAUGUGCGCUGCGACUCCCUGAAGCAGCUGGCCAUCAUCUCCACAGACGUCACCUUCGCUCAGGAGUUCAUCAGCCGAGACGGACACUCGCUCCUCGUCCGUAUAGUGGAGGACGCCAACGAGGCUCCUUUGAUUAUGACACACACACUCACAGCCUUCAUGGAGCUGAUGGACCAUGGGAUUGUCUCCUGGGAGAACCUCUCCAGUGUCUUCAUCAAAAAGAUUGCAGGUUUUGUGAACGCCAAGGUGAUGGACACCUCCAUCCAGCAGGUGUCCCUGGACAUCCUGGAGAGCAUGGUUCUGAGCAGCAGCAGCCUGUUCCACAAAAUCAGGGAGGAGAUCACACUGGAGAGACUGAUCUCUCAUCUGCAGGUGUCCAACCAGCAGCUUCAGACCAAAGCUAUGGCUCUCCUGAUGGCUCUGCUGCUAACAGCUGGAGAUGCAGAUCGACAGGAUCUGUUUGCUUUCCUUGAAAAGAAGAAUCUUCGCCAGUAUAUUCACAAGAACAUAAUCCACAGCUCUGGUCCUAUUGGAGAUGAAAUGGCUCAUUACCUGUAUGUGCUGCAGGCGGUGUGUCUGAAUCACCUGGACACUCGUAUGAGAACGCCUCUGGACCCCUUUAAUCAGGAACAGAGAGAGGCUCUGCACAGUCUGCGGCAGGCCAUGUUCGAGACGGAAAGCGACGGCAGCCUAAGUAACGAGCGUCGUCGUUCUCUGUGCGCUAAAGAGUUCAAGAAGCUGGGAUUCUCAAACAACAGUAACCCAGGUCAGGACCUGAGCCGGACUCCUCCCGGGCUUCUUGCUCUGGACACAAUGACCUACUUCGCCUCACGUUAUCCAGACGCUUACAGCAGGUUUGUGUUGGAGAACAGCAGCCGUGAGGAUAAACACGAGUGUCCGUUUGCCCGCAGCAGCAUCCAGCUCACGCUCCUGCUGUGUGAGAUCCUGCGGAUCGGAGAACCACCAUCUGAAACAGGCUCCAACUAUCACCCGAUCUUUUUCGCCCAGGACAGACUGCUGGAAGAACUUUUCUGCAUCUGCAUUCAGCUCCUGAACAAAACCUGGAAGGAGAUGCGAGCCACGCAGGAGGACUUCGAUAAGGUCAUGCAGGUGGUACGAGAGCAGAUCACGAGGACUCUGUCCAGUAAACCCACCUCACUGGAGCUCUUCAAGAACAAAGUGAAUGCACUUAACUACAGCGAGAUCCUCAAACUGCGCCAGACGGAGAGGCUACAUCAGGAGGAGACGCUCGCACCGCCUGUGCUCGAGCUAAAAGAGCGUCUGAAACCAGAGUUAUUGGAGCUGAUCAGGCAGCAGAGACUCAACCGUCUUUGUCACGGAACUCUGUUUCGCAAAAUCAGCAGCCGCCGGAGACAAGAUAAACUGUGGUACUGUCGUCUGUCCCCCAACCACAAAGUCCUGCACUACGGAGAUGUCGAGGACGAGACGGAGACGCCGUCCAUCGAGAGUCUGCAGGACAAGAUUCCUGUGGCAGACAUUAAAGCUCUUCUGACCGGUAAAGACUGUCCUCACAUGAAAGAUAACAAGGGAAAACAAACCAAGGAGCUGCUGGAUCUGGCCUUCAGCAUUACGUAUGAUGUUGAGGAGUACAGCUUGAAUUUCGUCGCCUCCUCCAGAACAGAUUAUUGCCUGUGGACAGAUGGGCUGAACGUUCUUCUGGGGAAGGAGAUGAGCAGUGAGUCCAUGCGCAGUGAGCUGGAGAUUCUCCUCUCCAUGGAGAUCAAGCUCCGCCUCCUUGACCUGGAGAACGUCCCCAUUCCCGACUCGGCCCCGCCCGUCCCCAAACCUCCCAGCAACUUCAACUUCUGCUACGACUUCAGCCAGGCGGAGCACUGAGGCUAGGCGACGGGGCGUGACGUCCUGCUCCUCCUGAACCACAACAACUCAGUGGGAGACGAUGAGAUGGAGCCGAAAGGCAGCCGAGGGGCAGCGGGUGUGGAGACUGGGGUUUGUUAGGGCACUUUACCAAGCAGACAAACCCACAGAGAGAGAUGGUGACCACUGUCAGCUCAAGAGGUUCUAAAAGUGUUCUUUUAAGAGACAUGAUUUUUAGGUUCAACAAAUUUCAAGGGUGUAUUAUAUCAAAUCUAAAGUCUUUUUUUAUAUAUAUAUUUCCUAACGGUACUGCACUCGUCUAAUUCAUUCAUCUAAACUCUGUCUUACACAUUUUUCACGUUACCGUUCUGUUUAAAGAUUUCCGGCCCUGAAAUUAGCCCCGCCUCCUGCCACAGCAAAGCUUAGAGUUCAUUUAUUUAUGAUUUAUCAGAGCAGGGGUAUGAACAGGAUCAGGGUCAGGGGUCAGGGGUCAGUCUGGCCUUAAUGCUUACACUGCAGUUCACCUUCCACAUAACUUUACAAACUGCCGGCUUUAACGUUUUAGGGAAAAAUUCUCCAUCUUGAACGGGGCUAAUAAAAGUGUCUCUUUUAAACACCCAGCGAUAUACAAUUUACAAAACCAAAUAAAUAAAUAAAUGUUGGUAGUGAAUAUGCAAUAUUUUACACUGAUGAGGCACUGAAAUUUUUUAAAAUAUUUUUUUAUCCUACAAAAUAUAACAAUAUCGUGUAAUUAUUGUGUGAGCAGCUAAUAUGCUGUAUGAUGGCUGACACGACCAGAAAAUAGUGUUUUUUUUUUUUGUUAUGUAAAUGGUACGUCAUGAGGUACUUGGCACAUAAUAAUAAUAAAAUAAUAAUAAUAAUAAUAAUAAUAAUAAUAAUAAUAAUAAUAAUAAUAAUAACAAUAAAAUGUGUAUUUUUCAAUAUUUGUGAAAGUUAUCUUCACAUUGAAUCAUAAUAGUGAUCACAAUUCACACACAAAGCAAUCUAAGCAAUAUUUUUUUAUGAUGUCGCUAAUAAAGGCUCUAACGGCUUUAAUUAUAAAUAUGUUUUUAUACGUCGACUCGACAAUGAAAACUAAUAAUAUGCAGCAAAAUCAAAUCUUUACCUGUUUUGUAAGUACUUUAAUGUGAAAAGGCUUCGAAAAGCAGUAAGAGGAAUUAUAUAUAUUAAUAUAUAUAAAUUAACAAUAACAAUAAUAAUUUUUUUUUUUUUUACAUAGUCACAUUAAUAUAGAGAUCAGUAUUAAUACACAAAACAAUCAUCUAAAAUUAAAUGCACAUCAUUAAAAGAUUAAAUCCUGUGCAGAAAUAAAUCUUUACUGUAAUUAAGUUGCUUUCACACUUUGGUGUUUGUAUUUUUCUUUUCUCUCCCAAACAUCAAGUGCAAGAAAAAUAUUAGGAGAAAAAACGAUCUAUAAAGUAAAACAUUUAUGUAAAAAAAUGUUUAUAUAUAUAAUUAAUAAUAAGUGCU